AUAGUUAUUAGUACGUUCUUCGAAACUACUCUACUAACAAGCUAUAUAAGAUCCUCACCGUUCAAUUAAUCCAAAUAAUACCACGUGAUUAAAUAAAGACAGUCGAUUUCAUCAAGAUAAACCUUAUAUAUAUAGACAAUACACAGAACAGAGCAUCGUUACUUGUGCCAUAAUCUCCAAACAUUUUCUCGAGUUAUUAAUUGUCUCGAGAAUGUUUGUUGAAUCAGUGAUUAGAUUCUCUCAUUUCAUCGUCGAAUUUGUCAUUAUCGCCUCCAUCGUCGUCUUCACUCUCCGUCUCUUCUUUAGAUUCGCUUGUUUCCUCGCCAGCCGUCCUUGGCGUCGUUACCGUACAUUCACGGUCCAUCAUCGCCGGAGAUGGAGAAAAACCACGGCGGAGGAAAAACAUUCGUCACCGUAUUGUACGAUAUGUCUCGAAGAUGCGGCGGAAGGAGAGAAGAUGAGGCGGAUAACGACGUGCAAUCACUGUUUCCACGCCGAUUGCAUCGAUCCGUGGCUAGAGAAGAAGUCCACGUGUCCUUUGUGUAGAGCUGAGAUACCGCCGGUGCCGCCGGGAAAUCCUCUGGUGGCGCUUUUUGUUCCUCCCGGCGUGAUUGAGAUGUUCACUAAAGGAAUUAUCUCCGACGCGUAGGACACACACAUUUAAUUAUAACUAAUUAAUUAAGACUAAGAAACGAGUUUAUUAAUUUCUUAGAAUUUAUGUCCAUUUUUUUAAUCUUGUAACAGUAAUCAAUGUAUUUAUUCUUUUUUUUGUCAAACUAAUCAACGUAUUCAUUCAUUUCA